AUGGCUUACCUCCUCUUAUAUGUGGAUGAUAUCAUCCUCACUACCUCUAGCGACUCUCUUCUUCGCAGCAAAAUCAAGUCCUUAUCCACUGAGUUCAACAUGAUGGACCUUGGCACUUUGCAUCAUUUUCUCGGUAUUACAGUUGAACAACAGAACAAAGGCUUGUUCUUAUCUCAGUCGAUCUAUGCUACGGAUAUCCUGUCACGAGCCAAUAUGACCACAUGUAAUCCGGUUAGCACUCCUGUCGAAGUUGGUUCCAAACUAAGCGCUACUCAAGGUUCCCCAUUUGCUGAUGGCCCAUUAUACCGCAGUCUGGCUGGUGCUUUGCAGUAUCUUACCAUCACCAGACCAGACAUAUCAUAUGCCGUUCAACAGAUUUGCCUUUUCAUGCAUGCACCUCGUGAGCCUCAUUUUCAGUUGCUCAAACGUAUUCUUCGGUACAUCAAAGGCACACUGUCUCAGGGGUUACUUAUUUCACCUUCUCCGUCUACUAAACUAAGGCCUAAUCGGACGUGGAUUGGGGUGGGUGUCCCAACUCACGACGGUCGACCUCGGGCUAUUGUGUAUACUUCGGCGACAAUUUAA